UUCUAGCUUUACGCUUCCGCCGUUCCAUGUGUUGGAUUUCGUUUACAGGAAUACACAGAAAUGGCUGCUAAACGUGUAAACGAAGAGAACAUUACCGAGUCUGUGACCAAGGCAAAGAAAGGCAAAACAGGCGAAAGCGAGUUUAGUGGCACUGUUUUUAAAUCCAUGCUAAAGGAUUCAUCUGGAGCACAGAAGGGUUUGGCAACCUUUAUAAGAAUCGCAAAGACUCUUCCAUGUGCAGAACUGUAUGAUGUUGUUGAAGGCUACAUCAAAAUCUCUGCCGAAUGUUCAGAAAUUUUUGCAUUGCUUGAUGAAGAAAAGCCAGAGAAGGAUAUGAUGCUGAUAUUUCAAUGUCUAGAAAUGAUUUUACUGCGGACGGCCAGUGAUCUCUCUCAGUUCAGCAUGGUGGGCGCCAACAUAGUUAGGAGGAUUGUGUCCAAGCACAUGACGCUUCUGCAGUCCUGUCUAUAUUCGGACAAUUACAGGUUUGUCCGCCAGUGUCUGAGUCUGCUGUCUGCUCUGGUGUCUCAGAGUGCAGACGCUGCACGAGAUGUAUUCGGUCAAAUGCAGUUCGGCAAAGAUCUGUGUCAACUCGCUCGAAAAAGAGACAAAUCGGGAAAGUCAGACGUUAGAAUGGCUUUCAUUCAGUUUGUCCUUUCAUUCCUGAUGUCUGGAGACAAUACAACUAUUGGCCAGAUUCUGGACACUAAAGAAUUAUCUGAAAUCCUGAGCAGUGGACUUAAAGAAGAUCGACUGUCCAUCAUAAAUCUGAUUCUGUCAACCCUCCAGACUAAAGUUGUGCAGAACAAGACAAUCACAAAAACUCAGAAAGUGCGUUUCUUUAGCGCUUCUAUACUGGUACAGAUCGCUUCUCUCUAUAGAUGGAAUGGGAUUGUGGACGUCAGUGUGGAUGAGGAGGAGAAAGUUGAAGAAGGAGGGAAACGUAUAAUGAGGGAGCUGGUGCAUAACUUCCUGAUGGAUCUCUGCUGCUCUCGGAAACAUGGCAUCAGUUUUCAUGACCCGAGCUUGGGCACCGCUGGAAAAGUAGGAAACCUUGUUCUCCUGCAGUUUCUGGUGCGUCUGAAGCAGGCGACAGAGGACGAGAUGGUUGCGGAGCUGGUUGUUAAUGUUCUGAAGGGAAGUCCUGAUAUACUGAACCGAUACUUCAAGGAAACCCAGUGUUCAUUCGCACCACGAAACAACAAGACCUGGCAGGACAACAUCAGUCUGCUCAAGAAAAUCUAUGAGGUUCAGCCAGUGGUGUCCAAGGCUCUCCAGAUGAAUGAAAUGAUCCCUUUCCCUCGUCUGCUGUCUAUGGUGUUGGUCACAUCUCUUCCUCCAGUGUGCAAUAAAGUCUUCUUCACUCAAGGUCUCAAUGUACACAGCUUGGUGGUCCAGCACACAACACUUUCGCUUCUGGCGUUCAUUCUCAAGCGAGCUCAGCAGAAUGUUGAGUACUGUCUGGACAGAACAGUCUGGGAGACCUCAGAUAUUUACAGCCCUGCUAUGAUGGAGGAGUUUGUGCAGGUUUACAGAGAGGCGCUGAGCAAGAUUCUGCCAGACAUGGUGUCUAUUGUUUCCAUCUGGCAGUUGCACUCGAAGGAGAAAGAAGAUGCUGCAAAGAUGAAGAACAGAGAACAAAAACAGAGCCCAGAACACCCACAACAGGAUGAUCCACACCUCAUCCUGGUCAAAGCUCUGCUUCUCCAAGUCAUGUGUUUGUAUCAGAAAGUGGUUCCUCACCUUGUCACCCAGAGCAGAUUCGACUUCAGCAAACUUUUGAAAGGUAUUGUGACGGAGAGCGGGAUGAAACAGGAAGUUCCUCCAGUUUUACAGUACCAGAUUCUACAACUGGCUCUUGAACUUCCUGCAAGUAAAUUCUCCUGGUUUCGUGUUCAGGAGGUGGCAAAUCCAGAUUUCGAAAAAGGAGAGAAAUCUGUGAUCUAUUUGUUGCUCAAGAUGUUUGUAAGUAGUAACAAUAGUUACUUGAAGACCUCAAGCAGGAUGCUGGUUCUUAAAGUGUUGAGGGACAGUGGUGUAUUUGAGCACACGUGGAAGGAGCUGGAGUUAUGGCUGGAUCAGCUGACAUCGUUGAGUCUGUCCCAGCAGGAGACCGUCAUACAGUUUCUAGACCAUGUUUUGACGAGAGUGGUGUGCAACUCGCACGUGUACACAGAGAAAGCUGCGAGUAUGGUCCAGGAGGCAGCAAACCUUCAAGCUAACCUGAGCGGUCAGGACGGAGAUGAAGCCAGCAUACCCAUUUCACACAUUGAUGAUGUGCUGGACAUGGUUGACGUGAUAGUGGAGAGCAGUGAAGGUGACAUUGAGGAGAUCGGACCAUCUCUCACUGAAGACAUCAUUCUCCAGACGUUCCCAUUUAGUGCUGUCGUACCGGCUGUGCUCGAGGCUCGAAACAAGUUGCCGGCCAGUUUUAAAGAUGCGAAAGGCGUGCUGUAUGAAUACAUAGCUGCGGUUCUGUGUGAUGUCCUGCACUGUCAGAGAGACCCCCUGGCUCUGUGUUUGACCCUGCAGCAUUACGAUAAAGAGCUGAACGCAUCAGAUGCUGCUUCAACUCCUCAUGCUUCUGUGGUCAGCUUCUACCACUACUACUCACAGUGGCUCCCCAAAAACACACACCACACACUGUUCAUCUCUGAAGGUUUCACUGAUGGUGGCUCUCAUGUUGACUUCACCGCACUGCUGAAGACCUCCUUUACUGAAGGAGCAAAUGCUUUUCUACAGAACUAUUUUAAGGAAGCUUUACAGGAAGCUUUGGCCACUCUGACUGUAUCCCGGAUCCCAGUGGCUGUCAACCAAGUGCUUCUCUACCUCAGAAAUUAUGUGCUCAACUUCAAUAUGCUCCUCAAGGAGACGGCAGCGGAGGUGUUGAGGAGUCUGAUGAUGGUGCUGAACGCUCUCAUCCUCAAGUUAUUGACCUCAGACACACAUAAGCCAGAUAAAUCAGAACCUGCAGGGGAACAUGAUGAGGACGGCCUCUUUCUGGACACAAACCAAGUACCUGCUGAGAAUACUGACAAGCAACAGAUUGCACUGGCUGUCCUCAAGUCAGUGUUUAAGCACCCAGCAGUGGAGCAGUGGUUUCUGGCUCUGGAGUUGAGCUCUUUUCCUCCGCACAGCCUGAACCCGGUGAGGUUAAAGCAGCUGUGUAUGUGUCUGACUGAGAUGACUCUCCUUCUGCUGGAGUCCAGCGCAGACACGCUCCGAGAUCUGGAUGCUUUAGAGCACAUCAGCACAUACCUGACGUCCGCGCAGAGAGCCGUGCUCCGAGAACUACAGGAAAUGAAAAGCAAUUGUCCAAAAAAAGAAUCCCUGUCUGUCCGAGCGCUCCUGGUUCUACAAGAGUACAUUGAGCCAUCCAGCUUCAAGGAGGUGGUGUCGACCCUGCUGUUGCUUCCUCAGAAGCACCUUUUGGCCCCGGAGAACCAACUGAGUGUGUAUGGCCGCACAGUGCAGAAACUGCUGUCAGACAGCAUGAAACGCUCCUCUGCAGUCAGCAGCAGCUGCGUUACGCUGUCUCCAGCACACCUGCAAGGACUGGCUGCUCUCUUCACAUCCUGCCAAUGUGUGCAGCUCGAAGACUUCCUGCUACAGGUGCUGUCCCGGGAGCCAGGCACCGCUAAACUCAUUCAGACAGACAUUCUCCUGCACUGCAUCCAGAGAGAAAGUCCUUCAGCCCAGGACAUUGGAGUUGUUCUUCUGGAAAACUGCUCCACACAUGUCCUUAGUUUUGAGCUCUGGUGUCUGGAUCCAUCAAACCAAAAACAGAUCAGCGUCCACAACAGCAGCUUUCUGUUUUUACUCAACAGCUAUUUGAAGAGAGCCAGCGCUGAUGAUCCCACUCGCCCUAAAGACAUUCAAAAAUCUGUCCUGAAGGCCCUGAAGAACGCUUUAAUGACUGAGCUGUGGCACACGGUACAGCAAGGAGCAGCUGGUGUUAGGACUGCUCUGCAUGUGGAGGUUCUGUCCAGCCUCAUUCGAUUGGCAGCUGUAAACUCUGAUCUCAUCCAGCUUCUAAAGGAUCUUCCCACCAUCCUGCAGAAACCAGACACUUAUGAAAGAUGGAGGCUGGCUGACUCCAUCAGCGAAAAGCUGUGUGAUGGUUCAGAGGAACUGUGUCAGUGGAGGAAAUCUCUGCUGUCGGCUGCUCUCGUCUGGCUCACUGCUGUUUAUAAAAGACAGAAAGAGCCACAAUCCAAUCAUGAAGAGUCCAUGCUGACUAGACUCCGCUCACUCCUGCUGGGUCAGAUCUUUCCAGAACACAUCACUGCAUCAGAGUGGAACGCCUUUGUCAAGUCCGGGCUGAAGUAUCGAUACCAUGACUGUAACUUUUUGGAGACGUUAAGCACUCUGGUGGAGUUCAUAUAUGGCACACCAGAAACCCCAAAAGAGAUGCUGCCAGUGGCUACCAUUCACAUGAUGACCAAUACACACUCUCUGUUCCUGCCCACAAUGCUGGCCACACAGAUCGAUCCUGAUAAUCUUCGGCUGUCUAAAGAGUCAUUGGUGUCUCUUUUGCUUACGCUGGUGAGAAAAAGUCCUGAAGUGUGUAACGUCAAUCAUUUCCUUGUGCUUCUCGGUGCAUAUGAAGCUUCGCUGAGCACCACUGAUCAGAAGCUUCUGCUUGUCCUCCAGGAAUAUGAGAAGAACAACAUAAGUCUUGCAGAAUUUCAGUUUGUGUUGUGGGGUCCCGCUGCGGUGGAGCAUCAUAAAACCCGCAAGAGCCUGGGACCUUCACUGUGGCAGAAGCCCACUUCAGAGCAUCUGCUGUCUCUGCUCUCCGCUGACAGGAUGUUAAACACUGUCACACAUUUCCCACAGCGCCGCUACAUCAUCCCUCAGGUGAAUAAAACCAUGAUCUACACUCAGGAAAGCAAGCGUUCAGUAGAUCUGUCAUCUCUGUAUGAUCCCUGCUUCCUCCUGCCGCUCUUCAGCUUCAUCCUUCGGCCAGAGUGUGCUGUGGACUGUCUGAAGUUUGUGUCCUGUCAGGCUUUGGGCGUCACAGUGGCGGCUCUCAGCAGUUACGACUCUAAAGUGAGGGCCGCUGCUUAUCAAGUACUGGGAUCCUUUUAUCAGCACCUAGAAGGCGCUCGAUUCAAAGAGAAGAGACAGCUGCUGUACCUGCUGGACACGGUUAAGAACGGGAUCCAAAAGCAAAACCUCCGGUUACCUUUUGUGCAUGUGGCCUACAUUGCUAAAGUUGCCCAGCAAAUCUUGAGACCAGAGGAGCACAUGUACAUGGUGGUGAGCAGGUUUCUUCUGGGAACACAGUUCCUGGACCUCAAGAGAGUUCCUGAUUUCUUCAAACUUUUCUACAGCUUUGAACUGGAGCACAAACUGGAGCGCGAGUGGAUAUUGAGCGUGUUGGAGGAGGGUGUUUGGGAUCAGAGCUGCUAUGAGCUCUGUGAAAUGCAACGCAUCUAUCAGACCCUGCUGGCCUUUGCGAGCACAUCACUCUGUGACCAGGCCACUCAGAUUCAGAUUGUGAGGGUUCUGCGGCAGACAGCUCGUGUCAACAGAGCAGCCUACAUCCUCACCAAAGAACACGGAGUCUUAACAUGGAUCGUACAGCUAAUAGAGAAGAGGUAUGUGGACAGCAAGUUGUUGAGCUCGGUCAUCGAGCUGCUUCAUGCUCUGUGGUUCACUAACCUGGGUGAUAAGGAGAGUAAAACAGAAGCCAGCAGCACGACAUCAGAGCAGCUGCAGACGUCAGGAAAGUGUCUUCCUCUGCCCAUCAUCAACGAGUUCCUGUGCACACUGCUCUCGGUCAUUAGGCAUCUGCGGAGUGGAGUUAGCAGUCUACAGCUGCAGCAGUUCCUGCACACACUCUCCUCUGUACUGGUGCAUUGUGGGACAGCUAUGAACGCUCAUAAAGAGGCCGGCUGGCUGACGCUGCACCCACACAAACUCUCCUGCUCUGAAGUCCUCAGUCUCCUGCAGCGCUGGACAGCACUUUCCCAUGAUGCCUCGCUCGCGUCUGCACUUCAGACUGUUGGAAACAAACACAAAGUCAAAGAGCUGAUGGGCUCUGGAAGAGAAAAAGGCCAAGGAAAAUGCCACUCGACGAAGCACGGCCCACUUCCAAUGGAAAAACAGUGCGAAAAUGCAGACGUGCAAGAUCAGGCUGUGCUGGACGAGUGUAAACCGCAUCUGAGAAACAUCCUCUUACACUGGGAACCCAAAGAGAAAGAGCUUUUAACUUCCAAAUCUCAAACCCUCCCAGACAAACCAGAUUCAAGUGGUUUAAGCAAUACAACUGCAUGUGUGAUUUUUAAGUGGGCCCUCAAGACACUGACGGAGAGGCAGUAUGAUGAUAAAUGCACCUUAGCGCUCUUAAAAUGGACGCACAGCACCAUAUUGCCGCACAGAAGUAUUAUAGACGCAGUGCUGUCCGAUGAAGGAGUGAGAAAAGAUUUGCUGAGAUUAUUUCACCUCAGCGCUCAGGAAGGAACGCUGAACACACUUGAACUCUUCUCCACAGUCAUGCUUGAUUUGCUGGAGGCUCACAGAGACCGUCUGAAUGCUGGACAUCAGACGCUGAUACAGACCUGCUUGCUUACAAACACAGAUGAUGAGGCCGAGAAAGAAACGGGGUUGAAUCUGCUGUCGCUGUAUUUGUACGAGUUGUGGAGCGAAGCCCAGUCACCUGACCUCCUGCUGACCCACGCCAGACUCAUCUGCAGCGGGACGUCCAGCAAAAAGCCCAAGUCACACAUACUGCACAUCUGCAAGGACAUUCUGGCUGCGCUGCACUCAUGACAUCAUCAUCAUCAUCAUCAUCAUCAUCAUCAUCAUCUCUCUGUAUGACAACAGGCCUUUUUUAAUCAAAUUAUUAAUAAUAAAAGAGAUGAGCGAGUCUUUCAUAAGUACUUUAUUUGUUUAAAGAGGAAUAUAAAAGGUGUCUGGAUCA